UUCCAAGAGACGGUGAGAUAUUUGAGAGAUUGUGAAUAUGGCAGAGAGCGGAACAGAGUCAAAGACUAUUGAUAAUCAAAUGAACAAGGGUCAAAUGGACGUCAGCGAAUGUCUUGGCAAUUGGCUUAUUUAUUUGCAGACUCUUAAUGGUCUUUGUACGGCUGGUACCAAAUUGGCACAAUCUCUUCAAGCACUUUUAUCCGUACACGAUACCGUUGCUCAGUAUCGUUUGUCAGGGCAAUGUCUGGCUGGUUGGGAAGAAUUAUCAAGAGCUACAAAUGUUGCCAGUAAUACGGUUAAGAAUCAUGUGAUCGCUGCCUUAAAGGAUCACGAAGCUAGAAAUAAUGAAGGAGAUAAACAUGAUAUUCUCAGAGACAAUUUGUUAACAUUUAUUAAUUUACAAUACCAAUUUUGUGUGGCCUGUUGCGAAUGCCUUGGUGGGAUGGCCGAAUGUUCCUGCUCUCAGAGCGGUAGUGCUGAUUGCGAUAUUGCUGCGCUUCAACAAUGUUUCGAAAGGUUAUAUAGAUCUCCAAUUUCAUCUUCCACGACGCAGCAACCGGUGCAAAAUUGUCACAGAUCACCUUUACCGUAUCCAUUGUUUCCUCUGCAGGUUCAGAGGAGGUGGUCUGAGACUGCUGCAGCAGACAUGUCCGGAGAAUCUUCCGAAAAUACUAUGAGAAGAUGGUCUAUGCCAUGGGAUUGUCGCCAUGUUACAGAAUGGCCGCGACAGGAAGUUAGAUCGAGACUUAAAGUACCCCAUCAAGAUCGUAGUAGAUCAACCACACCCGAUUCCGUUUGGAAAGCCUCUGCGAUGGCUAGUCAAGAUGGUCUUCGCGAAGCUAUUCAACUUCUUUCUUGUAAACCAGGUAUAAGGCCAUCGAAUCAACUAUCGGUUUACACUACUCAGCACAUUCCUGGUGUGACUUUAACUACAUGUAAUUAUGAAACAAAUUACGAUUCAACGAUUUGGCCUGAAUCACGUAGAGUAUGUUCACCAAGAUGUUGGCCACACGAUUCUCAUUCGAGCGAUCACUCUGAUCAAUCUGGACAUCGUGACAGCGAUCAAAGUGUUCACAGUGGAGAUCAUAGAGAUUCAGAGCAGAGUGUUGCUAGUGGUAGUGGUUAUGGGGAUAGCAAAGAUAGCAUUCAUUCUCAUAGCGAUCACAGAGAAAAUGAACUUGGAACAACGGAGGCCUUGCCAUCGCGAAAAAGUAGUUCUUCGACCGACUCUUGUGUCUCUGCUUAUAGUCGUUCUGGUUCUGAAAGUGCAGGCGGUGGGGAGUGUUCAAGGUCUCAGUUAUAUUGUAUGUGGAGCGGUAACGACGUACCAUUUAUUAAAUUACCAGAGAGCAGUGAAGUGCAAGACGAACAUCCGCCGACCUAAAGUGUGUGUUAUUUUCUACUAUCCCCUCGUUUUAUGUAAUUUGAUAUCGUGACGACGAAUUUAAUGAAUGUCAGGUUCAUCCAAAACACCUGAACGGAAAUAUCUGUGAAUCUAAAUGGCCAGACAAUGUUCUUAAUAUAGCCGAAUUACAUAGUGAUUCGAUGAAUUCCAUUGGUGACAUUUACAUGUUUGAUAUUUAAUGAGCGCAGUAUGACAGUGGGUUUUAACUUUUAAUGACUCAUAUAGAUUGUGGGUCUAUAAAAAAAAAAAAAAAAAAAAAGAAAGAAAAAAGAAAAAAAAAGAAAGAAAAGAUAAAGAAAAAUAAGACAAAAGAAAAAAAAAUGACAUAACUAUUGUUAUCCGUUAUUCUUUCAUAUUUAUACUCCAAACGAAAGACUAAUCGAGUUCCAAAGUAAUUUAAUCAAUUGGAACUUGUCAAAAUAUAAAAAGACUAUGUGAAAUUUGUUGUAAUAAUAUAAUUACGUUAUAAUUACGUUAUUGUCGUGAAUCGAUACAUUUCAGUGCAAUAAUGAAACAUAUCAUAGCUCAUAAUUUAUGACAAAUAACAGUGCGUAUCGUACAUUGUGUUAAUUAGUAAUGAUUUUGUAAUUGAUACGAAAGAAUACAUUAUCGAUCGAAGAUGUAAUAAAUUCGUAAAUCAAUAA